AGUAAGCCCAAAACAUAACAAUUAAUUUAGUAUGUCUCACGAAAGUUAAAUCUAAACAUGUUGAUGUAUGUUUUACAAUAUAGUUUAUAUACAUAUAUCGCAUUAAGUAAUCCGUUGCGUUGCGAUUCCCAUAUACGUUGGCACUGGUUACCAAAUAUCUAUAAUAAGUAUCAUAGCUACACAAACUAUCGAUCAUACAUUACAUUUAAAAAUCAAAACAACUUCACGAGCUCGACUUGCUUGAUUCUGGCUAAUUGACAUAAUCGUGAAAUGUUAUCGCGCAGAGAUAAACUACUGAUCCAACCGUGGGAGGAUCGCAGAUUCAAAGAUCAUCGUUCAAAAGUAAGAUCUGCGUUACCAGCUAUAGAUGAUAGAGCUCCGGCAGCCAGACCACACGUGGCACUCAAAUUAAAGAAGAAUCAACGAGAACUUGACAGAAAGAAUAAGAUACAGAGUGAGAACUUUAGCCUCCUACAGCGAUUGAACGAUAUUAUGAAAGUUAAUAGACUCGAUAACCAUUGGAGGAAACCACUACCCAAUUUUCAGCAAAAGGUGGGUUUAUUCUACGAUGCGGAGUCGCUACAGAGUAAAGUAACGGCGCGUUCUCUGCCCGAACCUUCAGAGGAGAGUUAUACUAACGUCAAAUGUUAUGCGUGCGAGAUGAGGAAAGUAUGUCUGUCUAGGUUUUAUGUAUUGGUGUACAAUAAGGAGCAUUUUCAUCAUUGUAUAUUGUUAUUUAUUUACAGAAACAGUAUGACUACAUGUAUAAGCAGAUCCAUCGAGACUCCUUGCCUUCUAUUUAUUCAAACUAAUAUUAAUAUUGUAACUUGUUUUUUGCAAUAAAACAAUUAUUAUA